AAUCAACACCCCCGAGUAGCGAUGCUGCUCCCACGAAUAUUAGCGCCUGUAAGGGCAUCUGCGCAGUCUUCAUCACUGUCGAUUGCCCCUAUACGUAUCUUCGACGCCCUCCGCACUGCCAAUGGCAUCUCUGCAACCACUUCCCCAUCCCUCUCCUUCAUAAGGAACGCCACGCAUCAGUCCCAAGGUCGAGCCAACGGCGCAAAAGACGGACCCGGAAAGCGGUUAGGAGCAAAGAAGGCUGGAGGAGAAUAUGUGAUUCCGGGUAACAUUAUUUUCCGCCAGCGCGGCACCGCCUGGUAUCCCGGCGAGAACUGCAAGUUCGGACGCGAUCACUGCAUUUUUGCUACCGAGACUGGAUACGUUCGAUACUACCGUGACCCUUUGAAACACCCUGACCGCCAGUACAUUGGUGUCGCUCUCAACAAGGAGGAUACGCUCCCCUAUCCUCGAAACGCACCGCGGAAACGAAGGCUGAAUCUGGUUGCUGUGCCCAGAAAUGUGGCUUUAGAUACCGAAGCUGCUGUAUCGGGAUUGCCUGCUGACCUCGCUGGGCCUGAGGGUAUCCGCCGUGUCCAGCAGGACAAGAAAUCGUCGACGAACUUGACACUGCGCACAAAAUAUGCGUAUGCAAGAACCAACUGGGAGAUUGGCCGAGCAGCCGAGAGAGCCAAUGUUCGAGUGAAGAAGUUUGUACCGGGAGAUCGAUGGACAGCAUGGAAAAAAUCGCGGGCGAGGAUCCAGAAGAACGAGGAGCAGAGAAAGCUCCGCAAUGCAGGCAAGAAGGCCGCAAAGCCAAAACAACGAAAGCCGAGGGUUAUCAAGGCUUAG